UCACUCCGUCGCCACCACGACUCAGUGGGAACAGGAAUUGCAUUGGCUGCUCCCGUCCUGUUCUCCAUGGAACAACGGCUGGUCGUAUCGUGUUAUUUUCAUUUGCUUUAAAAAAAAAAAAAAAUCUACCCGUUCCAUUCUACCACACAGAUUUCUGUACUGCGUCGUGCAUGCGGGCAAACAGCAGUGUCUUUAAAAGCUCUUAGCAUGCUGCUGUUUCAGCUACCAGAGGAUGUGUUGUAUCACAUAUUGUCUUAUUUGGACUGCAAAACACUGAGUCGUCUCUCUCAGGUGUCUAAAGCAUUUUGCCACAUUGUUAGCCGCGAUGUGGUAUGGAAGAAGAUCGCCAAAGAGUUAUUAAACACUGGAAUAACUCGAUAUUGGACAGACAUAUAUCCUCACAUCCUGCUUAAGGACCGAGUGAAGAUUGCUCAAAACUGGUAUCACGGUGUCUGUAAAAGGGCUACACCUUUGAAAUGGAAAACAAAAUUGUUGCCAUGGUUACAGCUGGAUGGGGACACACUAUUUUUGUCUCAGGCUGCAGAAAUUAGAGCCUACCCUCUGCGCCAAGACUGCAGGAGGAUACAGCGUAACCCUAUAAAAAUCUACUCUGGCCACCAGGCCGAUGUCUGCAGAUUUGUUCUUACUGAAUCUCACCUGAUCAGUGGCGGAAGUGAUGGCAAGAUUAUGGUCCAUGGUAGGAGAAGUGAAAGCCCAAUGAAGUUAUUCGGUCAUAAUCAGGAAGUAAAUUGCAUUGAUUCGAAAAAUGAACUAAUCAUCAGUGGAUCUAGAGACCAAACAACCCAGAUCUGGACACUGACUUCCAACUGCCGCAGAGCCGUAAUUCCCUUGUAUGACAGAGUCUGGUCUGUAGCAAUUAAUCCUGCACUGAGUUCCUUUGUAACUGGUACUGCUUGUUGUGAGAACUUCUCCCCUCUACGCAUGUGGGAUGUUGAACGGUUGGAGUGUGUCUGCAGUCUGGGUUCAGGUUUCCGUCGAGGGGCUGGUGUGUUGGAUAUGGUAUUUGAGACACCUUUUCACCUCUUCACUUGUGGCUAUGACACAUUUAUUCGACUCUGGGACCUUCGCCUAAGUCCGCAUAAGAAUGUAAUGGAGUGGGAGGAACCUCAUGACAGUGCCUUAUACUGCAUGCAAACAGAUGGAAAUCACAUGAUAGCCAGCGGCUCCUCCUACUAUGGUGUUGUUCGACUCUGGGACAAAAGGCGGACUGAAUGCUUACAGGGGGAGCACAUACUGGGAGAAGAGGAUAGGCCCAAGAAUGGAACCUUGCGGGACUCCCUUUUCAAGAGGCACAGCGGACAAGCGAUGCUUACCAAGACUAACAGAAACACUUCUUUGAGACAAACAACACCGAAACCACCAAAGAGCAGUCCCACUAAUGCCCACACAAUGCUCCAGUUUUUCCAGUUGAGCUCUGACCCAGUGAGCAGCCCAGUAUACUGCCUGUGUUUCAGCUGCUCUCACCUGUAUGCAGCCCUGGCCACUGCACUCCACUCAUUAGACUUCAGACACAACCUCAACAUCACCAUCAGCAAUGGGGUACAGGACAUGGCAGUGUGCACACAGGACAUGGCAGCGGAUUGCUGUUUGAUUAUUGAUGGAUUUUUGGUGUUGUCUUAGCUUUCCAUGCCUUUUUGCAUCUCCCUUCAAUAAAUUUUCCUUGUGUCAUUUCACAUUAUUACACACAACUUAAUUUCUGAGAUUAUUUGUUCCACUCUCUUUGUAUGUAUGGAUUACUGGGGUUUUUCCCAACAUAUGGUGAAAUUUUCAUGUCUCAAUAGCACCUUUGAAAAUAUAUUUAGUGAGAAAAAUGGUGACGUGAUAAAGAUUUAUUUCAACCGCUGCGUGUGUGUGUGUUUAUACACACACACAUCACACACACACACAGUGGAACCUCGAUAGAACGGACGCUGAUAUCACAGAUAUUGGAUAAAUCGGACCGUCGGGACAGAACAAUGUGUCCAAAAAUAAUUUCCAUUUGUCACUUAAAAUGCUGUUUACAAAGUCUGUCAGUUCCAGAAUUGGCCACUGCUACUUACUGGCGCUGUGGCGCAAUGCAGGCAGAGAAUGGGACUGACGUAUUUCCGGUCACAGAUAUACUGUACAAUUUGACUAGAUCCAACUCCUAAAGACGUGCCUCCUGUGCCUGAAUGGCAGUCAUGUUGAAUGUGGGGUAUUGACGUGGCAGCCAUGGAUGAUUUAUUGUCAAUUGUGUAUAAAGCGAGAGAGAGCGCCAUGGCUCUGAUGAAUCCAAAACUUAAGUCUUUGAAGUCUGGAACAUGCUAUUUUUGGUCCAGUAACUUUUUUUUUUUUUUUGUAAAACCGUUCACCUUUGGCAACGAAUUUGGAACUAAGAUGAUUCCAUAUGUGGGGUGGGGCAUACCUCUAACCUGGAGCAUAAAUAGUUUAGUUUCCCACACAAACAUUGGCUAGUGCGUCUUAACUAAGCCUUGUUCUAUGAACUGAUGAAGUCUGCUUGGAUGAGAGGCCGAAAGUCUUCUUAGACAAACAGAGCAGUCCAGUUGCAAUCGAGUCAAUGCCCUGAGAAUGAAAUGACCUGGAUGAAUGACAAUAUUCACAAGCAAGGUACAUUGUUGUGUUCCAAUGUGCACAUCAUCAUUCAAAUUCUGGCUGAUGAGUAUUGUUUGUGAUAAGUCCAAUCACAACACAUGCUGACCUUGCUGGCAAAUAGAAACUUCGGUCAACAUCUGACAGAAAGAACAAUGCACAUAAAUUGCAUAAUUGGGAAGUAACGAAGUACUUUGACUUCAUUACUGUACUUAAGUAGAUUUUUCAGGUAUCUGUACUUUACUUGAGUAUUUAUUUUACUUUUACUAAAUGUGUGGCGCAUUAUGAAACGUAAAAUACGACAACGGAGACCCCGGACUGUUGAACAGCUGAAGCUGUACAUCAAGCAAGCAAGAAAGAAAGAAUUUCACCUACAAAGCUUCAACAAUUAGUGUCCUCAGUUCCCAAACGUUUAAUUUAAUGUUGUUAAAAGAAAAGGUGAUGUAACACAGUGGUAAAAAUGAUCUUGUCCCAGCUUUUUUGGAACGUGUUGCACCCAUAAAAUUUGAAGUUAAAUAUCAUUAAAUAUCUUUUCUUUGUAGUGUAUUCAAUUAAAUAUUGGUCGAACAUGAUUUGCAAAUC